CGUUAGCCUCGAAGCCGUUUAUCAGUGGUGAAAAAAUGUCAAAACGUGAACUGUCACAAGGUAUAACUUAAUGCGUACCUAGGCCUACGCUUUGUUCACUAGUUUAAGGAUCUACCCUGUGUUUAUAAGUUGUGCGUCUACAGCUAGCCCUACAGGAGCAACAGUACAGUUCAAAAUAUAUCGAGCCUCUAUCAUGACGGAUCAAAACCUGCCAAAAACACUGAGACAGCUGGUGGCCAAGACCCUAGGAACACAUUUCCGAGAAGUGACGGAAAUUAUCGAAGUGCCAAUUCCAUCUCUCGGUGCUAAAGAACUCCUCAUUAAAAACAAGUAUGUUGGUAUUAACGCCUCUGACAUCAACUGUUCCAGCGGUAGAUAUGACCCAACUGCCAAACCACCAGUACCACUAGGCUUUGAGGGUUUAGGUGAAGUGGUUGCUGUUGGUUCAGGGAGCAACACCAAAGUAGGCCAAACAGUUAUCUACUCCAAAUUUGGAGCCUUCUGUGAUUAUAUUGUGCUUGAAGAGUCCAAAGCUGUUCCCAUCCCCAACAGCGACCCCGCGUUCCUGACGUUACUCGUGAGCGGAUUGACUGCGUCUAUCGCCCUAGAGAAGGAGGCAGAUCUUACUCAAGGCAAAACUGUUUUAGUCACAGCUGCUGCGGGAGGAACUGGUCAAUUUGCAGUCCAGUUAUCAAAACUUGCAGGCUGCCACGUGAUAGGCACGUGCUCCAGUGAUGAGAAAGUUGAAUUUUUAAAGAGUAUUGGCUGUGAUCGUGCCGUAAACUAUAACAAAGAAAAAUUAGAUGACGUCUUGGUCAAAGAAUACCCGAAAGGUGUUGAUGUGGUCUAUGAAUCUAUUGGUAACGAAAUUCUGGACGCUGCCACCAAAAACUUGGCAGUCAAUGGUCGACUGAUAAUCAUUGGAUCCAUCUCAAAUUAUGACACCGGAAAUCCGACUGAUAUACCCAGUCAAAGUAAACUCAACAUUCCAUUGGUGCUACUGAGAAAGUCUGCCAGCAUGCGAGGCUUCUAUCUGUUGCAUUAUGCCACUGACAUCCCUCGCCACCUGGCUCAGUUGACGAAGCUAUUCUCGGAGGGCAAGCUGAGGAUGAACGUAGACAACGGAGCUGGUGUGCCAACGGGGCCGUUUGUUGGACUAGAGAAAGUUGUUGACGCAGUAGAGUACAUGUACUCAAAGAAAAAUAUUGGCAAAAUUGUUGUGUCACUUUGAUACGAUGGAAGAGUUGGCAGCAUCAAAUACAUGAACAGUUACUAUGGAUCCCCGACAUGAAUCAUGACCCGACGUGCCACACUACACUUUUUUUUUUAUUUUCUUUAUUUUUCACAUUGAUAUACAGUGUAUAUGCCUUUAAAUGAGUCGUUCAGUGUUUGCAAGCUAAAAAUAAAUACAACAAACACAAAUAUUUA